AUAUAUUCAUGUAUAUCAAGAAAGAGAGCUAGAGAAGUAAACAUAUCAAAGUUAGAAGAGAGAAGAUAUCGAUAUAUGGUUGAAUAAAAAUGAAGAGGAAAAGAUCAGACGCAUUGGAGAUAAAGGGGUCAGAGAUAAGAUCCGCCAUUGAAGAGCUUACUAUGCUGGUCAAGCUUAAUAAACCCAACAAUAAUCCUCAUCCUGGUGAUGAUGAUGCCAAAAUCCCCACCAUGCCUUUUCUAUCAAUCUGCAACUUAUUACUUCUCCAAGUUCUUGAUAAGAUUGGACCUACUAUGACUGUUCUGAGAAAAGACAUACAUCAAAACAUUCAGAGAUUGGAAAAGGUUCUGGAAUCUGAUCCUUCACUAUAUUCAAAUGUGGUUAAAAUAUUGAAGAAAGAGGAAACUGAAGGUAGUUCCAAAAUGAGAACUAGUUGUAGUAGAGCCUUUGUCUGGCUUACAAGAUCAUUGGAUUUCACAGUGGCCUUGUUACAAAACAUAACAAAGGAUUCUGAGCAGAACAUGGAACAAGCAGUGGAAGAGUCUUAUAAUUCUACUCUCAAAUCAUGGCAUGGGUGGAUUUCAUGGGCUGCUUAUAAAGUAGCUCUACAGUUAGUGCCUGAGAAGAAAAUUUUGAUAAGUGUUCUUUUGGCAAAAGAAGAAAAUUAUGAAUCCCUGAAAGAGGAAAUACAGACAUUAAUUUCAUUAUUUGUUCCUUUUCUAGAGGAAGUCCACUCUGUACUGGUUUUAUAUCGACUUGAUAGGAUAAAGACUCCCUAAUUAAGCAUUUGAUAAAACAUGUAACCAUGUAUAUAUAACAGUAUUGAAAUUAUAUGUCUCAAGAAUAGGUGACAUGUUAAGUGGUAAGAUGCUUUUUGUAAUCUUUUUUUUCCUUUUCUUUCCCAUUUUUCUUUUUUUUUUUAAUAUAUAAAUUAAUGCAUGUAGCAUAUGUGUAAAAAAAUUGAUUUGCUUUAGCUUUUAAUUUGUAGCCAAUUAAUGUGGCAACUUUAGUCCGUUGUUGGAAAAAGAGACAGCUCGGUAAUGCAAAUUAUGUAAAUAUUUGAGAAAUGCUAAUUAUUAACUAAGAA